UUGUGCUGGCGGGCGCCGCAAAAGCAUACCGGAUCUCUUCAAUCAUCGUUAUCUCUCCGGCCGCCUCCCAUUAUAUAGCGUUGGCAUUGCCAUCGUGGAAACAUACGAUCGAGGCAAGAUAGAGAGAGAAGUAGACAGCUGAACGUUGCCUCCGUCGUGGAAACAGGCUAGGCGAGAGAGAGAGAGAGAGAGAGAGAGAGUUCGGUCUUGGCAACCAGCAGCAUGGGAAGUGUUCCAGCACCAGCAGCCACCCCCAGCGUGCGCGAGAUCUGGCGCGCGCGGCGCGCAGACGGGCCGGCGGCCGUGCUGGCCAUCGGCACGGCGAACCCGGCGCACUGCGUGCCCCAGGACGAGUUCCCGGACUUCUACUUCCGCGCCACCAACAGCGACCACCUCACCGCCCUCAAGGCCAAGUUCAAGAGAGUCUUCCAGAAGCUAGGCGUUGAGAAACGCUACCUCCACCACACGGAGGAGCUAAUCCGCGCCCACCCGGAGUUCCUCGACGACGAGGCGGCGUCCCUGGACGCCCGGCUGGACAUCGUCGCCACCGCCGUCCCGGAUCUGGCUGCGGAGGCCUCUAGGAAGGCCAUCGCCGAGUGGGGCCGGCCGGCCGCCGACAUCACCCACCUCGUCGUCACCACAAACUCCGGCGCCCACAUCCCCGGCGUCGACUUCCGCCUCAUCGCGCUCCUCGGGCUCCGCCCCUCCGUGCGCCGCACCAUGCUCUACCUCAACGGCUGCUUCGCCGGCUCCGCCGCGCUGCGCCUCGCCAAGGACCUCGCCGAGAACAACCGCGGCGCGCGCGUCCUCGUGGUCUGCGCCGAGCUCACCCUCAUGCUCUUCGGCGGACCCAAGGAGGGCUCCUUCGAGAGGCUCAUCCACCAGGGGCUCUUCGGCGACGGCGCGGGCGCCGUCGUCGUCGGCGCCGACCCGCUGGGCCCCGGCGAGCACGCCCUGUUCGAGAUGAUGUCCGCCGCGCAGACGGUGAUACCGGACUCCGACGACGCCAUCACCAUGCACGUCACCAAGGGCGGGUUCGGCGGCAACAUCUCCACGAGGCAGGUCCCAGUGUUCAUCGGGGACAACGUCGAGCGGUGCCUCCACGACUCGCUUGAGCCGCUCGGCAUCGCCGCGAAAUGGAACGACCUCUUCUGGGCGGUGCACCCCGGCUCGUCUGCCAUACUGGAUCGCAUUGACACGGUGCUCCAGCUCGAGUCGGAGAAGCUGGCGGCGAGCCGCCGGGUGCUCAGCGACUACGGCAACAUGUUCGGCGUGACGAUUAUAUUUGUUCUCGACGAGCUGCGGCGGAGGCUUAGGGAGCAGCAAGGGGUCGGCGGCGUGCCGGAGUGGGGUGUGAUGAUGACCUUCGGGCCGGGGCUCACCGUGGAGACGAUGGUGUUGCACGCCACGGGGCACGUGCAUGCGUCCCCAUGAAGAGGAAUUGUCACUGGAUUAAGUGGUCAAUUUGUUGUACUCAUCCUGACUUGAAUGUGUGCGUAAUAAAGUCAAACCUCAAUAGUUUCAGGAUUUA